ACUUGCACUGACAAUAAAGUGAAUUCUUGAAUACAAAAAAUCAAGAGAUCAUUAGAGCCUUGAGCACUUUACAAUAUUCUAAGUUUGUAAAGGAAUGAUUAUCCCUUUCUUCAUGAUAAAUACUCGCUUACGCUCGUACUUAUUCAUGUAGAAAGGGAUUAUCAUUCUCUUACAUAUACACACUAUUUAGUUUUAAACGUAGGCAUAUUUGUAAAGUCCUUUGUUCGUUUAAAAAAUUGUCACGUAUGAAUGAUUCUAAUUCAGUAGUAAAGGUUAAUUAUAGACCAGAGGAAAUUCCACUUCAAAUCUUAAAAUUCAGACCUUAUUUUGUUAGAAAUGGCUACAUUGAGGAAUAAAAACUGGGAAAACAUCCUUGUCUUAAGUAUACGAGUGGUCUUCCUUAGUUUCUUGGAUACAAUAUUCAGAUUUAGCUACCAAUACCUCGGAUGGGCAUCAUAUAUUGUGCGUUGUUUAGGACUCUUGACCCUUUUGGUUGUUCCUGGAUUACCAUACAGCAUUUUACUAACCGUCUUCAGGAUUACGGCGGGAACCUCAAAUAUAAUUUUAGCAUGGCUUGUAACAUCGUUGUUUAUAAAGUGUGGAGAAACACCAGGAUACCCUGUGCAUAUUUUGAUCAUUCUAAAACUUGUUCAAAUAAGUUUAAUCCUUUUUUAUUAUUGGUUUAAUGAGGUUAACACAUUAUAUCGGUUCGCAGUGUAUUUUUACCUCUUUUUCAUCGGAGGAACGGUGUUACAAAUUUCUCCUGAUUGGAUUUUCAACGCCUUAACUAUAGUCACAAUUUUGUUUCUUGUUUUGUUAUUCCUUCAUGUGUUUGAGAACGGAAUCUUAUCUCCUGAAGAGCAAAGGCAUAUAAAUCUAUACUUCCAACGUUUGGAAGAAUUAGAAUUUGGUGACAUAAACAUAUUCCAUAGAAAGGAGUUUUAUACUUAUUUUAUAGUUUUAUGUACUGUAUGCCUAGUUAACAACUGGCUCGUGGUUGACCUUGAUCAAGACAUCAACAAAACUAAAUUGGUGUUUUAUACCACACUCGGCAUGAGUUGUUGUUCUGUAAUCUCCGUUAUAGCAUUUUCUACAAUUUCAAUUGUUAUUUGUAAACAUCUGUUAAAGUUCUGCUAUUUCAUUGUAAGAGGGAUAAAUGAAUCCACAGAAGAAGAGCUCGGGUUACAUAUAUUGUACAUCAUAACCGUAUAUGUAUCUACAACAGACAUGAUCUUCUUUGACAUGAAGCCGUUAGACCGUGGUAUCUUUUUGUCCAGCAGAAUUGUAUUUCUUGCAGCUUGUUUACUAGAAGCGUGUUCAAUUAUCGUAGAAAUAGCGAGUGCGGAAGUGGCAGCAAUACAAGCAUCAGGAUUCAACACCCUAAGAGUUAUCGGCGUGCAUAUUGCAUUUUGUAUUGGCUCUGUGGCAAUACUAUAUGGACUUUUAGUCCAGUAUUCCAUGAAAGAUUUGGGCAUUUUUCUUGCAACAUCUUAUUUCGUUUGUAAUUUCAUAAGAAUAUUUGCUUCGCUUUUUAUAUUUUGUCUCUAUAAAUUUGAUGAAAUUCGCCAGGAAUUCUGGGAAAAUUUUGAUGAUGUGAUAUUUUACGCACGCAUGACUUUUUCAACGAUUAUAAUUGUUAUUUGUAUGCCUACAGCUUGUGUUGGUGUUUGGACAGUAUUUUAUGGAUUCUACACGUGGCUUGAUUUAUAUCGACUACUAGCAAUGUGUCUGGUCAAUGUAUUCAUUGGUAUUAAAGUUCUAUUAAAUACUAUUCGACAGAGGAAAUGGGUCAUGGCGUAUACUACUGAAUUAGAAGAUGCAUCAAAAUCUCAACUAAGCAGUAAUGACUGCAGUAUUUGUUUGCAAGAAAUGAUGAAAGGAAAAGUUACCCGCUGUGGUCAUUUGUUUCACGAGAUAUGCCUACGAAAGUGGUUAAAUACGAGAAUGGUGUGUCCACUGUGUAACACGUCGAUUCUAAUACAUGUACAAUAAAUUUUGCGUAUACAAACUUACAUUCAUACUAUAUUGGAAUUUUUUGUAAAACAUCAGUUGUUUAUCUAUAUUAACCUGCCAGAAGAAGCAUCUUUUUGCGUAUUUGAAGAAACCGGAAUUUUUUACCUUUUUGAAGCAGUUGUUUAUCCAUCUGAAGACAUUGUAUUCCUUUUUUUUUUAAACAUCAGUUGUUUAUCAAUUUGAAGCAGCAGAUGUUUACUUAUUUGAAAGGUUACGAAAGUAGUUUGCGCAAGUUGGUCUUUCAAGGUGUAAAACAUGGUAAAAAAAACCAUUCAAGUAUUUGACGAUAUGCAAAUCACAUUUGAAUAAAUCUUUUUUAACAUA